ACAUUGGGGUCAUAUGCUAAACUCUCCCUAUUCCAUUUGCUUUGUUCUUUCGCCACCAAAGCCUUUAUUUUUCUUUUAUUUUUGCGGUCCUCAAUCACACCUUUCACCAUUCCACCUACAAUUUUCUCCCCAGAACCUUCAUCUUUCAGCUCUGCGUUUUUUUGAUCUGUUAAAUGAUGGCAUCAAUGGUACCAAAAGCAAGUACUAGUUCUUGUAAUCCAUUAUCCCCUAUGUCUGUUCAAGAGAAAGGAAGUAGGAAUAAGCGAAAAUUUCGUGCUGAUCCUCCGAUAAGUGACCCUAAUAAGAUUUUACCCUCCGCGUUAAAUGAUGGACCAAAUUAUGAAUUUUCAGCUGAGAAAUUUGAUAUGGGAGCUAGUCAUAGUCAUUCACCUAGUUCUUGCUAUCUUUGUAGCUUAUAUCAAGACCAUUCAGAUAGUUUAAAACUUGACCUUGGAUUGUCUAGUGCUAAUAUUGGGAGUUCGGGUGAGGUGGAUUCUAGUUGUCCAAUUGACGAAACGGAAAAUGAUGUGUUUCAAGAAGUUGAUUGGAGUGAUGUUACUGAACGUCAGCUAGAGGAACUUAUUUUGAGCAAUUUAGACGUUAUUUAUAAGAGUGCAAUUAGGAAGAUUGUUGCAUGUGGAUACACCGAAGAAGUUUCUACCAGGGCUGUUUUGAGGUCUGAUCUUUGUUAUGGGUCUAAGGAUAUUGUAUCGAAUAUUGUGGAUAAUGCUUUGGUAUUUUUGAGGAAUGGACAAGUUUCUAGUUCUUUAGGGGUGCAAUUUUUCGAGGAUCUACAACAGAUGGAGAAGUAUAUAUUGGCAGAAUUGGUACGUGCACUCCAAAAGGUUAAGCCUUUCUUUAGCACUGGAGAUGCAAUGUGGUGUUUGCUAAUAUGUGACAUGAAUUUUUCACGUGCCUGUGCCAUGGAUAGUGACGGCUCUCCAAAUGGUAGUUCCUCGAGGCCUCCUCAGGCCGAGGUCAAAGCGGAGUCUAAAAGUGCUGAAACGAGUCUUCCUAGUCUAUCUAAAGCAGUUUUGACAAUGCCAUGUAACGUAAAUCAGACUGACUCAGUUUCCGGAGUUCCUAGCCUUGCAAAACCGAAAAAUUCUCAUGUUCUGGAUGGUCCAACAAUAGAGAAAGGCGGUUCAGCGUCUUCAACACCAAAUGCUGUAGAUAAGCCUUUCAGUGCAGUAAGUAUAUCACGCUCACUUUCCCUGGACGAAAAGUUUGUGUCAGGCAGGAGAAUGCAUUCUAGCAGUACAAAGAGAGAAUCUACACUUCGACAGAAACCUCUACAUCUGGAGAAAACCUACAGGUCCCAUGGCGGAAAAGGGUUUAGAACUGCGAAGCACAGUGGUUAUAUUUUGGAUAAAAAAAUCAGGUCCGCAUCAGAUUCAGCCGGUCUUAACUUGAAGAGUGCCUCCCUGAAGAUUAGUAAAGCAAUGGCAAUGGGAUUGGAAUUGGCCCAUGAAAAUGAAAGUCUUAGUUUCCCCGCCGCCUGUCCUACCCUUUCUUCCUCUUCUUCUCCAUUUAGGGUAGAUGCUCCAACUACUGUUUCCCAAAUUCCCAAAACUGAUCAUACACCAACAAUUCCAGUUUCCAAAACCAAGCCAUCUGUGUCAGCUGCUGACACUGAACUCUCGCUGUCGCUGUCAACAAAAGGUAAUCCUCCGCAGACAAAUUCUAGCUGUAAUGCUGAAGCUUCUAUUCCUAGCACUGCUGUGAUAACAUUUGAUAAGUCUCUGGCUCGGUGGGUGCCACAAGAUAAAAAAGAUGAGAUGAUUAUAAAGCUGUUGCCAAGGAUUCAGAAGCUAGAACACCAGCUUACGGAAUGGACGGAGUGGGUGAACCAGAAGGUAAUGCAAGCUACACGAAGGCUUAGCGAGGACAUAGCUGAGUUAAAGACUUUGAGACAAGAAAAGGAGGAAGUGGAACAGCUUGAAAAGGAGAAGCAAACAUUAGAGGAGAGCACCGUGAAAAAGCUUUCUGAGAUGGAGAAUGCAUUGGGUAAGGCUGGUGGACAAGUUGACCGAGCCAAUGCUGCUGUUCGGAGACUCGAGAUGGAGAAUGCAGCACUCAGGCAGGAGAUGGUAGCUGCCAAAUUAUGUGCAGCAGAGUCUGCUGCAAGCUGUCAGGAGGUCUCAAUGCGAGAGAAGAAAACUUUGAUGAAGUUUCAGUCAUGGGAAAAACAAAAGAGCUUGUUUCUGGAGGAGCUUGCAGCCGAGAAACGGAAGUUGUCUCAGCUUGAGCAGGAAUUUGAACAAGCUAAAGAUUUUUACAGUCAGCUUGAGGGUCGAAUGAGGCAGGAGGAGAAAUUGAAGGAAGAAUUACUCAAUCAAGCGAACUUGAUAAGAAAAGAAAGAGAACAACUCGAGGCAUCUGCAAAGUCAAAGGAGGACGCCAUAAGACUAAAAGCCGAAGCAAAUUUUCGGAGGUAUAAAGAAGAUAUUAUAAAGCUCGAGAAAGAAAUCUCUCAGUUGAGACUCAAGACCGAUUCAUCAAAGAUAGCAGCUCUGAAGCGAGGCAUAGACGGAGGUUUCGCAAACAGGCUGACAGAUCCCCAAAGUUCCCCCGACGCUAAGGAAUCCUGGGAUUCGAAUAAGUCCAAAACAGCAAACGUGUUUCGGGAUAUCUCGGCUUCCGGAGGCGUAAAACGAGAAAGGGAGUGCGUGAUGUGCCUCUCAGAAGAGAUGUCGGUAGUGUUUCUUCCGUGUGCACAUCAAGUGGUUUGCAAAAUGUGCAAUGACCUUCAUGAGAAACAAGGCAUGAAUGAUUGUCCUUCGUGUAGGAGUCCGAUAGCAAGGCGUAUUUGCGUGCGUUUUGCUCGGGCGUAAGUCGUAACCUUAAGCUUAAUACAACUUCCUGAAUAUACAACUGUCAGAGUGUUGUUGAUUACGGAGACAAAUGUUUUGGAAUAAAUAACAGAGCAAUCUAAACUAUUGAGCUCAAAAGGUUUAUAGAAGUACUCCAUAUUGAUAUAGCUUGCAAUUUGCAUUAUGAAAUGAAAAUUUAAAGGGGUUUAUUUAUGGUUAUA